AUUAGGCAAUGCAAUGGAGUAUAUUUAGAGGAAAAAAUCAUUAUAUUCUCUCCUUCGUCUCCUCUCUACCUCUCUCCUCAGCAUCUCGUGAUCGUGGACGCUUCAGCUUCCUGAGAUCUUCGCCUUUUCCUCACCAAAUUUAAUUUGUGGACUUAGCAGACGAAAAAUGGGGCUUUCGUUUACGAAGUUGUUCAGUCGGCUGUUUGCGAAGAAGGAAAUGCGUAUUCUUAUGGUAGGUCUCGAUGCAGCUGGUAAAACUACUAUUCUUUAUAAACUCAAGCUCGGAGAGAUUGUCACCACUAUUCCUACCAUUGGAUUUAACGUCGAGACUGUAGAGUACAAGAACAUUAGCUUCACCGUGUGGGAUGUCGGAGGUCAAGACAAGAUCCGUCCAUUGUGGAGACAUUACUUCCAAAACACUCAAGGACUCAUCUUUGUGGUUGACAGUAAUGACCGUGACCGUGUCGUUGAGGCCAGGGACGAACUACAUAGGAUGUUAAACGAGGAUGAGUUACGGGAUGCAGUCUUGUUGGUGUUUGCCAACAAGCAAGAUCUUCCAAAUGCAAUGAAUGCUGCUGAGAUCACUGACAAACUUGGUCUCCAUUCUCUACGUCAGCGUCACUGGUACAUACAGAGCACAUGUGCCACCUCCGGAGAAGGGCUUUAUGAGGGUUUGGACUGGCUCUCGAACAAUAUUGCUAGCAAGGCUUAAAUGAAAGAAAUGGAGUAAACGUUAGCUGUUCUCAGAUGAGAUGCUGGAAUAGGCUGAGGAGUCUGCCAGUACUGCUGGUGUUGCCCUUUUUAUUUUUGUCAUUCUAUGUUCUAAUUUUUGGUUUCUAAAAGGACAAAAGGAUAUAUCUUUCUGUUGUUUAUGUUGACAUGUUAUAAUACCCUAUUUUUUAGCUUAUGUGAUCUUCUGAAUUGUGAA